AAUAUCAAUUUUAACUUAAUUGGUUAUUUAUAAUCCCCUGUUUGGCUCAACUCCCGAACAAAGUUCAAAACUUAACCCAAAAAACGGCCGUGGACUUUCCGGUACGCAAAAUUCCCUGUUUGGCUGUACUGCCAAACAAAGUUCAAAACUAGCCCCCAAAAAUCUCCCAUCCCAAACCCAUCGCUGUAUCGCCCUUCGAUGCCGCUUUCGCCGUCCAACUAGCGUCGAAGCCAAGAAUAAAAAAAAAGAAAAAAAAUUUAUGGCGAUUCUUUACGCGGUGGUGGCUCGAGGCACGGUGGUUCUGGCGGAGUUCAGCGCCGUGACCGGGAACACCGGUGCGGUGGCACGACGGAUCCUGGAGAAACUUCCGGAGAACGCCGAUUCGAGAAUCUGCUUCUCUCAGGAUCGUUAUAUCUUUCAUAUACUUAGAUCCGAUGGCCUCAGCUUCCUCUGUAUGGCUAAUGAUACCUUUGGAAGGAGAAUUCCAUUUUCAUACUUGGAGGAUAUUCACAUGAGGUUCAUGAAAAACUAUGGCAGAGUGGCUCAUUACGCACCGGCAUAUGCAAUGAAUGAUGAGUUCUCACGGGUGCUGCAUCAACAAAUGGAGUUUUUCUCUAGUAAUCCUAGUGCAGACACUCUCAAUCGUGUUAGAGGUGAAGUGGGUGAGAUACGCACAAUUAUGGUGGAAAACAUUGAGAAAAUACUAGAGAGAGGCGACAGGAUUGAGCUUCUUGUUGACAAAACUGCGACAAUGCAAGAUGGUGCAUUCCACUUCAAGAAACAGUCUAAACGCCUUCGUCGAGCUCUUUGGAUGAAAAAUGCCAAACUCUUGCGAAUGUUCAAAUCCACAUGGGGAAACUUACACAUGUAUGUGGACAGGGCCCUGUUGACUUGCUUGAUUGUUCUGUUACUAUACAUAAUAAUUGCCGUUUGCUGUGGUGGCAUCACUCUACCUUCAUGCAGAUCCUGAGUGGCAGUCUUAUUGGUUCAAAUUUCUGCUGAGAUAUGCAUUUAUCUUCAAGAUUAUAUGUGCAAGUUUGUCCCUAGGAGCCUCCUUGGUUUCCCAUUCGUCGUUUCGAUGUAUAUUUGGAAACAUAGUGUCUAUACUGCUCAAGGUUGCAAAAAGAUAUGUAUAUUUCACUGCUGUUGCUGCACAUCACCUAUAUAUUUAUCUUGGAAGAAUGAGUUGCCAUUAGUUGUUGCGGAUCUUUUUUGUAUUAUGCAAAUGCAUUGAAUUUCGAAUC